AUGGAAGGGACCACAUCUUUCAAGGCCGACGCGCCUACCGGCAACCAGUUCUCUCUGCCGCUUCGCCCUCAUCCCGACAAGGCUUCUAUUUUCUCCGCUUCCAACGCACCUGCCUGCAAUGAGAUGAGUCUGCCGUUCCGUCCUCAUCCCAAGAAUGAGUCAGCCAAGCAAGAGCAGCCAGAACAGGGACCCCAGGAGGAUUUCAAUAAGAGAAUCCAGGACUUGGAAUCUCAGCUCCGAGCCUCCCAUGCCAGGUCUCAAGAAGCCCUGCAGGCGGCUCAGGCUCGGGCUGAGGAGCUAGCUACCCUUCGGAACGCCAACAUAGCCCGGCUUGAAGAGCAAGAGACUCUCGAGACAGUGAACGAAGCUCUUCGUAUUGAGCUCGGCGAAGCCAAGAAGGCCCGCCGCCGAAUUUGGUAA